AUGGCGGAAGGAGGAGCGGCUGAUCUGGAUACCCAGAGAGGAGAAGUCGCAGCGCUGCUGAAAACACAGCUACGAAAGGGAGAUACUUGGUAAGAGUUUGCCGAUAACUUUUUAAAGGUCUUAGGAGGGUGCUUGCUGACUCUGUCGGGGCUGUCAAAGUGCCAAACCAGCGGAUAGCGAGUGUGACAGGCCGUGUUGACAGUUACCGAGCCAGUUAACGUUAGCAAGUCAGUCAGUUAGUUAUCAAGUCAGUCAGCUUCUGCCAGCUAAAGCUAGCCAGCGGGUUCGCUACAUUCCACAGUUUUUAGUGACCAAGUUAUUUGCCAACAUGGUAUUGUCUAGAUACAUACGUAUGUUACCAACGUAGUUAGUAAAAUACAUUUAUUUUCCCAAUGAUUUCAGUUUCAUGAUCUUCCGAUUCCAAGCUUGCUAACUUGAUUUCAAGUGGUUUGCCCGUGACGUGAGCUCAUCUGACAAAUCAGGGUCGUGAAAAGCACCUGUCAAAAUUGCUUAGCAUGCAAACUAGCUAACACACUCACAAAUGUGCCAGUAUGAAACUAGCUAGCUGCUGACAAUUGAUGUUUAGUAACAAUCAAGUGUCUGAACUAGCUAGCUCCCACUAUGUUAGCAAGCAUCUGUUUUGUGAUAAUUGUAACAUUCCUUACAUUGUUUAACGUUACUCCAUCAAAUUAAUAUUAUGUUUUAACUAAUCAUAACAGAUCAGCUGCUGGUCAUUCUGAAAUAACCCCUUUGUCUCGAGUUCUUCUCUCCUCUAAUAAACAAAGAUUACAGAGGAGACUUUUGUAACCUGAGGUCUUUCUCUCAGCCCUGCUGGUUAGUGGAUACCCUGCCUGUACUUUGGUGCUUCACACUUUUUGUUAUUUUGUGUGUUAUUUUUUUACUUAUCAGAUACCGUCUGUUACCACACUCAUUAGAUAUAGUCUAGCGUGAUCUCAGAUCUAAAUAAUCAGUGCUCUCGCUCGCUCUUUCUGCAUAGGUACCUAGUGGACAGCCACUGGUUCAAACAGUGGAAGAAGUAUGUGGGCUUUGACAGCUGGGACAAAUAUCAGAUGGGAGACCAGAAUGUCUACCCUGGACCAGUGGACAACUCGGGGCUCCUUACAAGUGGUAAGAUGCACCACACUCAGACCUCUUUGAAGCAAUAUUUAUUGUCAAUCUCUGGAGAGAUUAGUGGAAAUGGUGACUUCAUAAUGUGGUCCUCUGUAGCUCAGCUGGUAGAGCACGGCGCUUGUAACGCCAAGGUAGUGGGUUCGAUCCCCGGGACCACCCAUACACAAAAAAAUAAUGUAUGCACGCAUGACUGUAAGUCGCUUUGGAUAAAAGCGUCUGCUAAAUGGCAUAUUAUAUUAUUAUUAUUAUUAUUAUAAUGUGUGCUUUUACUCAUCCCCAGUGUGUCCGGAUGAACCCACCACUGUUUUGCGCAGUACAGGAUGUUUAGAGUGAACAUCAUGAUGUAUCUUACCUAAUAUAUCAAACUAAAGGCUGUUAUACUUUCAAUUUCUAUAGGCUAUGACUAUGUCACUACUAUGACAGAAAAAGUAGGUCUAUAAUUGACUCUGUAAACAUAAAUGAAAAUGGUCAAGGGUAGCCUACCUCUGGUCUAUAGAAAGCUCUCUGUUGCUUUGUGUGUUAUUGUGUGAGAAACUGCCAUUAUGAGUAGGCCACCACCAGUGAAGCUCGCCCUAAUGAAUGACCCAUUAUAACCCUACCCAUACAUAGUCCUAUAAUGGUUCCCUUUAAGAAACCCUCUUUCACCACUAAACCUGGGUCAUAUUCAUUAUGGCAAACAAACAAAAAUGAAGAUUGUUAUUGGCCAGGUUCAGGUAGUCCUUCCGUGUCAGUCCGUUUUCUUCUGUUUGUUGCCUAAUGAACAUGACCCUAUUCUCUCUCUCUCUCUCUCUCUCUCUCUCUCUCUCUCUCUCUCUCUCUCUCUCUCUCUGUGUCUGUCUGUCUCUCUCUCUGUUGUGAGUAGAUGGGGAUGUUCUGGCCAUCAAGGAGCACCUCAUUGAUGAGCUGGACUACAUCCUGGUCCCAACAGAAGGCUGGAAUAAGCUAGUGAGCUGGUAUGCACUGAUGGAGGGACACGAGCCUGUUUCACGCAAGGUAAGAAUGGGUGACAUUAUUAGUGGCUAAUUAUGGCUGGUGUGGUCCAAUAUCUUGUUGUUUUUAAAUGGUCAAAUAAAAUAAUGUUCAGCUACUGUAGGGGUAUAAGAGCUGGUUGGGCACAGUACACGUAGCGUUGGGCACAGUGCACGUAGCGUUGGGCACAGUGCACGUAGCGCCAGUGCUACAGCGGUAAUCAGAUGAAAGAGAAGCUCAGUCAAAGCUCAGGUACUUUUAUGUGAACUGGUGAAUAGUAUGAGGUAAGAUAAUAUGGUCAGUACACAAUUACAUUUCAAUGGUUGCCGUCAGGCCUGUUUGUUGAUGGCCUACUCGUAGCUGAAGAGCUUAUUGUGGUGUGAGAGGAGUAAUUGAAGUUUCACUGUGUCAAAAUCUUGGAUGUGUUCUAUAGGGUUGGAUUGAUCAAUACACCUCAACACAGGUCAGAUUGGGACGAUUGUGAAAAAGGAUACCAGGAUAACUUUGAUUUCUAGAUCGAUAUUAAGGCCUACCCAGCUAGUAACUGAAUCUCAAGCAUAAGCUAUCUUAAUGUUUAGGUGAUGUCUUUCUCACUAUGUCUUCUUCAAGAGAAACAGCUGGACUGGUCAUGCGAUUUGAUACAAUUUAGCUACCGGUAUUCCAAAUAUGCUAGCUAUUAUUUGUAAUAUGUGGACUGAAAGUAGCAUGCUGUAUAAGGACUUCAUUGGUUUUUAAAACGUAAUGUGGACCCUAUCACAGAUGCUUACUGAUGCAAUGUUGUCCUCAGAAGAUCAGAUUUUCUAAAGUGGAAGUAGGCUACAUUGAUAUUAUUUAGUUGCUUUUUUAUUCAGUGUGCUUUGGGUUUAACUCUGACAACUGACUUCAGUAUAAGCCAGUAACUCACAUAAGGAUUGUGUUCCCGGAAACACCGGCAAAGGGGUUCUGCUAACGUAGGGCUAUUUUCUAACAGCUAACUGCCAGCCAGGCCUACUGUACUUCCGUGAGCCCAGACAUAGCUUUCUGCAUUUUCAAAUCUAGCCAGUCAUCGCAUCAUGGCUGCUGCACUGCUUUCUCUUUCUCCCCCCCAUUGAUCCUCCCCUUUUUGCCAUGUAUGUUGUGGGGGGUAUCGAGUUGCCCUGGCCGUUUCUAUUUUCAGAGAGUGCUGUGGAUGACUGAAACACCGCUACAUGGAGCGAGCUACGAGACACAACAUGCAGGAGGUUUUCUUUUCUUUCUUUCUCACUUUUUGGGGUUCUUGUCAGACUGUGUUGGAAUUGAUUUUCCGGGUUCUCCUCUUGCGGUUCCACUCAGGUUCUCUACGUUGAGGCUCACCCGGGGAGUGAUUCUAGAGUGUCCUUGUUUUUUGAAGUGGAGGAAUGCUGGCUGAGGUCAAACAGAGAGAGAGAGAGAGAGAGAGAGGCUUUUUAAGAGAGAGGGGAAAGAGAACGAGGGAGAGAUGGCCUAGCCUAAGCAGAAAGUGAGGGGGCGGGGUAGAUCUGUUCUCGUUGGUUCUUAGCAUAGCUGUUUAAGAACUUUGUGACAUUUCUGUUCUGUCAGAGUUUGUUACUGUGAGACUUGCAACUUGCCUUUUGUCUCUGCUUUGUGUGGAACACAUGGCUGGGCAUUCAUUGUAUAAGGAGGGCAGUGUCUGGUGGUGGGUGAAUCUGACCCAUGCCUACAGCUGAUGUCAUGGGCUGGGGCAGGUCUGUACCCUGUGGUGUGGGUCCAGCCACCAGCGGAGGGGCUGUGUGAAAUGAAUAGGAAUGGACCCUUCAGCUGUCUCUACGCUCUGGGGCUAUAUUAAGAGUCUUCGUGACUCGCUCCUGUCAAGGGAGUUAGAAAGUGUAGCCUAUAGUUUAUACACUUAAAGUGCUUUCAGUGUAUAGAUAGGCCUAUUAAUUGGGUAGCCAAAUUCUUAGUUUGUUUCUGUUUUGUUGUUGUUUUUGUCCCAAAUAAUGAGCUUGAUUAUUCUAAUGCCAUACGCUGUGUUCUUUAGUUCUUGUUUUCUUGGUAAAGUUCGUGAAUGCUUCUCUGUUCACUGUUGAAGAGUUUUAGGAAGUUCAUACUUGCGAUCAUUCAGCCAUGCAAAUCUUGCCCGUAUUGGAACAAUGUCAUGAUGAGUUUAAUUAGCAAAGAAUAUUUUAGUUUCCUUCAUAUGCCAUCAUGUAUGACAAAUGCUUUGAACAAAAUGAACAAUGUAAUGGGUUUAAUUGGCAAAAUUGUAACCGAGUGAUGCCUAUUUUCUUCUCAUGCCAUCUGUCAUGUAAGACAACUUUAACAUUGUCAAGUGUUUAAUUUGCAAAACAAACCUUUACACAAGAGGAAAUCAACCAAAUUAUUAACAAUCUGCCAUGAUGUAAGACACUCUUUAUUGCCAUAUUUCUACAGGUGGUAGAACAGGGUAUGUUUGUGAAGCACUGCAAGGUGGAGGUGUACCUCACAGAGCUGAAGCUGUGUGAAGACCGCAACAUGGACAACGUGGUCACCAGACGCUUCAGCAAAGCAGACACGAUA